GAUGGUAGAAAAAAAGAGGCUGGGGCAUGGCGGGACCGCUGGCCCGCAAAGCAGAAGACCGCGAAGUGCUGCGGGAAGCGGCUCAUGACAGCUCAGUCGAAGCCAGAGCAAUGGCUGUGGAGUCGGCGGAUUGCAGUGGGCGGGUGCGCGCCAGGAUGCGCCACUGUGCUCCGUCGUGUGCAGGGUCGUUGCGUGAAUGCUGCUCCUGCGCAGGCGGCGAUGGUGGGGUUUGUGCGAAAAGGCGCUGGCGAGUGAGUGAGAGUGAGGUAAGAGAGUUUUGGGGAGAAGGUGGCAAAGGGAGGGAAGUGAGGAACGGGAGGGGAGGGAAGUGGAAGUGCAGGAAGUUGCCGGCGACGAUUAGAGAGGAGGAAACAAGUCGAAGAGGCAACGAAGGCGAGAGGGAACAGGGAAAUAAAGACGAGGGCGAGAGAUUAAGUUAACAAGCAGAGGGAGGGCGUACCGGAGCCAUGUCGUUCAUUCGGUCCUUUGUGGGGACUCUUCUAGGCACUCUCGUGUUCUCUAAUCCGUCGGUUAUGGCCUUUCUGACGGGGACCGUCUUUGGAGUGUACGUCGGGCAGACGUACGACGUUCCCAGAGUCGCAGACACCGCCAAAAGCCUGUUUGACCGGCUACAGCAGCUGGAGGCGGAGGUAAGGAAGUCGUCAUCAAGCGGACCGGGAAAGAAAUAAACGAGGACUGCUUUGACGGGAUGCCCACCUGGUCCUUUCCUGAUGGGCAGGAAAUGCGACAGCUCCAACCUCAGGGAUGAGGUGUAACUGUAUUGGCGUGACCAUGGAAAGGGAUGCACUCCAAUGGAGUCGCAUCUGCCAAUCGUGCAGGGUACUUGUUUAUGACGAGCAUCAGCGCAAUUCGACAGCUACGUUAAUGGACUUGAUUGACUGGCAGUGGAAAGAGAAACCCCUGGACAGUGGCCAGGUCACAGAAAUGUCUCCUAUGGUUAGGAUGGUGUAGUUGUGUCGAUGUCCGUUUCUCUCAACUCUCUGAGUCUCUGGUCAGAUAAGACGAGAUUGGAGUGGAAUAACCCAUGCCUGGAGAAUCUGGUUGCCCUGGGAUGGUAGCAGGUGGUGGUGGUGUAUGCUAGUAGGCCUGGCGGGAUGUCAAAUAUGGUUUGGUCGGUAGCUUUUCCCUGCCACCAAUCCCACUGGCAAAGGUAUCAGUUUGGGAAAGGCAUGUAGUUAGGGGCUUGGAGCCAAGCAAGAAUGUGUGUUGAUCGCCCUCAGUUGGAACAGAUGGGUCUGUCUGUUUUUGUCUUUUCUUCUUCUUUUUUCUUUUCCUUCUUCUUUUUUAAACCUGUAUGCGGCUCCAUGGGUUCCUCCCCCGUUCCCAUUGUGUUGAUUUUUAUUGUCGUCCUUUCUAGCGGAGCCGUUUGAGUCUCUGCUUGUGGGCACCUAGUACUUGUCUUGAUCAAGCUUUAAAAAAGA